GCUGAUAUAGUUGCGUGUGGCCGAGCCGGAAACCGAAGGGAACACAUUUCUUGUUGUUGGUUGUCGAUAGCGAGGCGUUGGUUCAUUUACUACUUAAAAGUUUUCCAUUUAAUUUUGUACAUACGUUUAAAAGAAUGGGUGUACAAGUGCAAACUAUUAGCCCGGGAGAUGGUUCAACUUUCCCAAAAACCGGCCAAACAGUAGUGGUCCACUACACAGGAACCUUAGAAAAUGGAACCAAAUUUGACUCUUCUCGUGACCGGGGAGUACCUUUUAAAUUCCACAUUGGAAAGGGAGAGGUCAUUAAAGGAUGGGAUGAAGGAGUUGCCCAGUUAAGUGUUGGACAAAGAGCUAAACUGAUCUGCUCUCCCGACUACGCUUAUGGAUCAAAAGGUCACCCAGGCAUCAUCCCUCCCAAUUCUACCCUAAUUUUUGAUGUAGAACUACUUCAAAUCCAAUAAGCAAGCAGCAUUUAUUAAUUUAUUUUCUUAAAUUAAGAAUCUUUAAAACAAGCAGUAAUAAGCAUUUUUUGCUAGGCUCCAGUAAGGAGUGCUAGUUUAUUUUUUUUAAUUUCCCAGCUAGAGGACAGUAAUUAAUGUUUUAGCUACUUGAUUUUUUGUGAGACAAAAUUAAUAAAAUAGUAGAUCUGGAAGUAUAGAAAUCAUAAAACUGUUGUUCAAAUAAAAUGAGUAAGGGAAAUAGUUAAA